AUGUCACGUCCCAAUUUUGUCCACCCGGAUUACUGGGCGCUCCUAGGUGGCGAGGCGCCCCCAACGCGGGAAUCGCUGGCCCCGCCGGCGGACCUGCACGAGGUGCGAGAGCAGUUCAACGGGGCAAUGGAGGCUGCCUACUCCACUGUCCCUUACCCGGCCGGGGUGACGGAGAGUAUACGCACGGCGACGUCCACAGACGGCUCGGAGAUUAGCGUCACGCGCUUCGUGCCCCUCGCCGCCCAAGACAGCAGCGGCAGCAGCAGCGGAACUGCCCAGAGAGCCAUCGUCUUUCUCUUCGGCGGCGGCCUGGUCGCCGGCAGCGUGGAGAUCAGCCGCAACAGCAUCGCCCACAUCGCCCACCUGUCGGCGACUCAGGUCUUUGCGCCAAGCUAUCGUCUGAUCCCGGAGCACCCAUUCCCCGCGGCGCUGGAGGAUGUCUACUCGACCGUCGCUUGGCUGCAGGCCCACGCCGGAGAGUUCAACGUCGAUCCCGCGCGGAUCGUUCUGCUUGGCGUUAGUGCCGGCGGGAACUUGGCAGCGGCGGCGGCGCUCAAGGCCAGGGACGAUGGCCUCGAUCCACCCAUCGCAGCGCAGGUCCUUCGAUAUCCCAUGUUGGAUGACCGGACAAGGCUCGACCCUGCAGAUCCACGGGGCCCUUACCUGGUGUCAUCGCCAGGGGUCGGCGAAAUGCUGUGGAAGGGGUACCUGGGCAGAACAGUCGGGUCCCGAGAGACCGGUGAGCAGUACGCAGAACUCCGUCCGCCCGGACAACGACGGCUAACACCCGAGCGACAAGUGCCGUACCUCGCUGCGCCUGCUAGGGCGGAAGACAUGCAGAGGUUGCCGCCGGCACAUAUAGGUGUCGGUAGUCUAGACCUAUUGCGGGACGAGUGCAUUAGCUAUGCAGCAAGGCUUGCCGCACAGAAUGUGGCCGUGCAGUUUAACCUUUACCCCGGCGUACCCCACGGCUUCGAUGGGAGCCCGGCAUUCACCUUGGGCGCGGAGAUGUUGGAUAAUGAGGCGAGGUUUAUUCGGAAAUUCUAA